UCUGAUAAAAAAUUAAUAGUUUUACUGAAUUUAUUUUCAAUUCAUAAUAGCGUAUUGUAGUCACAGGUGUUAAUUUUAGUUGUUGAAAGAUUAGAAAAAAUGCCGCACUUUAGGAUUGAAACAAAUGUCCCCAAAAGCAAAAUUCCUCAAGAUUUUUUUACAAAAGCUGUGCCAGUUCUUGCUAAAGCGCUGGGUAAACCUGAACAGUAUUGCGUUGUCUCCGUAAUUCCUGAUGUACCAAUGAGUUUUGGUGGUAGUACUGACCCAUGUGCCAUAGCUAACUUGAUGUCUAUUGGAUCCCUUGGAGUUGAACAAAAUAAGAAGCAUGCUAAAGUUUUAUUUGAACUGGUUGAGAAGGAGUUAGGUGUUCCACAAGAUAGGAUGUACAUCACUUUCCAAGAUGAACCUACAGGCAAUGUUGGCUUCAAAGGCACUACUUUCCACUCUAUAUUUGGAUAAUCUUUAUCAAUUAGUUUUAAGCGUAACCAUGUUCCUUAUUACAUUGAAAUUGGCCUAAAUCAUCAUUAAAAAUCAUUUUACAUUUGUUUAUUCAUCUAGUUAUUAUAUGUGUGAUAGAAUCAAUUAUUAAAAUUAUCCUUAUAAAAAA